CUGCAGACGGCGCAGCCCUAACUCAAGGCGCAUUGAGGCCUGACGAAGAGAAGAGGUUGAGUCGGGCUCAAGUCUAUGAGUAAGGCGAAGACGAGUGACGAGGGGAAGAUGAACCAGAAUGCGUUGUUCCUCGAAGUGGGGGCACCCACGCUCAACCCGAGAGAUAGGGCCUGCUUUUUUGUUACGCUUGCGGUUGCAGACUCGCUCUUGGGAUCGUUUCCUUUUGAUGCUCGCAAAAUCCCCGGCAGACAUGCUUCCUCAGAUCAAAGUGCUGGCUCGAUGUGGUCUGUGGGUCAAAGUGGCGCCGCCAGCACCACUCAAGCAAGCGUAUAGCGCAAAAGUAGUCAUGGCAAGUCAGAAACGUACAUCUCAAUCCCAAGCCCCCGGAUCCCUACCGCUAUGGGCAGUGAGGUGGCUCCCAGCGCAAGGGAUGCAUGUCUUCGUAUUACACUCGACGCUAAGUCCCUCUACUCAAACAUCCAUGCCUACCCUAGUACUUCGACCCUACCUACCUACACUCCACUCUCGCCAAGCUGCAUGCAUCUCGCAACACGACGUUUCCCUUCAACUGUUCUGCGAAAUCGGUGGCUACGCACAUCUGUCAUCUACGGACCCAUUGGUUGGCCUGUUUCACGCCCCUGCCCAAUUGACCUAGAUCCUAUACUAAGUAGCCCGAGUUGAGCGACCAGUCAGAGCUUGUAUACUCGUGGGUACCUCGCAACUGGUCACUUUAGCCUACAUCGGCACCUCUAGCUCUAUCUGAGUCUCGUCACUUCACAACAGACUCAGCUUCACCUUCAUCAACAGUCAGCAACCCAUCAUCAAUCCAUCCUACCGUCGUGGUAUACCGCAAGACCAGAUCCAUCUCGCCAAUACGACUCGAUACCCCACGCUGAUUCAUCGCCAACCUAGCAACAACACC